AUGAAUUUUUAUAAAAGGUGCAAGGCAACACUUGCCGAUGGCGGUAACAACAAAAAAGUCAUCUUUCAUGUUGACACUUCUACCUUGUUUUUAAAUGUUUCUUCACUUCAUCACCCUCAAGUUUGUUUCUCUUUUCCUAAUUUUUUAUUUUAUUUAAAACAGGAUAAGCACCCUUGCCCUUUGGGUUUGUUAGUCGAAGAUCGGGGGUUUCCGGGGAGAGCAUGUCGUGAUUUGGGGUUGGGGGUGACUUUUGGUUCGUGGGACGGAGUGUGUCAACUACAUUUGGACAAUAAAGCUUUGAGUAUAUCUUUGGAAGGAGAGGGAGGAGCAAAUAAUAAUGAAAGAAAGGCAAUAUUGACAGAAUUGGGACCUGAAUUGCUUCAACAGUUGACUUGUUCUCGUAUUGUUUAUGUUAUUGAAGAGCGUGUAAAUCAACGCUUUGCUUUGCUUCCAUCAAAACUUAAUUUAGCCCAAUUAAAUAAUAAUUUUAUUGUUGAAGAUUUGCUUAAAAAAGUUGAAGCUGUGAGGCAAAGGCAGAGGAGAGCAGAACCACCAAUUCAAACUUCUAAUGAAAACGCUCCCGUUGAUCCUGAUCUUUUUGCAAGUUUCAAUGUAUCUCGUGCUGACAAGCUACUUCUCGAUUACACAAUAAUUGAUGUUCGUGCUGACCAUCGUGGUGUAGAAGUUGACAGUAGUGGAGAGGUUUCAUUACGUGGAAGAGGAGGAACGCCUUUUGGUCCAAUGACUUUAACUUUGCCAUUACUUGCUAACGAGGAAAAUAUGUUACAAAUGCUGGUCUCUGAUUUUAUGCCAAAUUCUCUUUUAUAUCAUGGACAUUCUAUUGGACUUUUUAAUGCUAGAGUUGAUACAAAAACUCCACAUUUUGGUUCUUUAAUGCGUACUACUUGCCCGGCUUCAACCGGUCUUCUCUUUUGUUUAGGGGAUUUCUUCCCAACUUUGAGACGUUUACAUCCUGAUCACAGUCUUGCAUUACUCUUUUCUACCCUUCAAUCCCCAGUAAUUAAAUUUCGUCCACAAUCAGCUGGGGGAAUAUCAUUUUCUCUAGUUGGAAGAAUUAUUAUGAGUUUACUUGAAGGAAAUUCUACAAAAACUAAUAAAAUGAAGGAAACAGAAGUUGCUCAAAUGCAAAUAAAUGUCAAUGCACAUAUGAAAAUUAAAUUGAGUAGCACAACAGUUAGACCAAAAAUUACUUUGGAUAAAAUUUCUUUGAAAACCUUAACACCUGGAAUUUUGGCACAAGAAGAAUUGGAUAGAUCUGUGCUACUUUCUAAAGAAGUUCUUCAACGAAUGGUAAACGACAUUCUUCGUGGAGGUAUUCCAAUACCUGUUCAUCCUUUACUUCGUUUACAUCGACCAAAAGUUAAAAUUCAAGAUCGGGCAUUACUUUUAUUAACAAAUGUUGAAUUUAAUGAGCCGUUAAUACGUCAAAUUGUUGGGGCUAGUUUAGACAUUAAAAGAGGGGUUUAA